CCAUUGUUUGUUUAGACGUGUGUCGCGUGCCGUGAAGUGAAGUGCAUCCCAACUUCUGCCUUUACUGUCGCUUUCCAGAGUUUCCACUUUCAUUUUUCUUUUGUGCUCUUGACCAUCGUCCAAGAGAUUCUACUCGAGUGUUUCAAUUUCGGGCUGUGUUACGUUUGAUCCCUCGGUACUGAGCGUGGUAGUACAUUUUGGUCUCAUUUGAAGUUACCGAUUUUGGGGCUCUCUCCAGGCCUAACUUUCAUCUUACUUCGAGUGGUUCAAACUUAUCUUUACCCCAAAUAUAUUCCUCCUCUGUUUCAUCACGAUUAUGUUGUCCUAAUUCGGAAGCAACUUAUCGAGCUACAACCCUUUCCUUACGCUACGUUAAUGUGUUUUUCUAUAAGCCUAUCCUUGACUGUUUCGAAUCAUGAGAAUGAAAGUGCCUGUAAACACCGGACUAGUUCCUCGUCCACAUCCCUCUUCCAGCAGGAUAAAUAAGGUUGGAGAAACUAAAUCUGCUCCUAAGUCAAAGAAGUCGGCUGCAGAUAAGAAAAUUCCGUACAGAUAUAUUCAAAAAGUAGCUGUGUCACUGAAUUUACCUGGCAACUUGAAGAGAGAAGAUCUUGAACUUUUAAUCGAGAGGCAAAAGGACGGAGACGAAGAGUUCGUGAGGGAGUUUAAGAGGAGACUCUACGAAGAGAAGAGUGUGAAAAAAGCCCAAAGAAAGGUUGAGCAGGAGGACAAGUCGGGAGCCCCGCUGAACCUCACCAAGACGCAAGUUCAGAAGCUCCCGGAAUCUCGACCCCCAUGUUCACCUACCCCCGCCCCCGACUCCGCGACCCCCGCGCCCUCUCACACGCAAAGGUCCAGCGAACGCGACGAGGAGCUUCACAUGAAUAACCGUGCCUACGGCCUCGAGAUCCCUUCCGAGUACUAUCAAGACAGAUCAACCUCUUCAAGGAAUUCAUCCACUCCAUUCCCGCCAUGCCCUCACGGAAACUUCAGGAACUACGAUCUAUCAUUCUAUCAAUCGGAGUUCUAUCCCAACCCUCGAGAAUGGCAGUAUCAAAUGCCACCGCACUGUCCCAAUCUGUCCUCAAACGAAGCAAGCACCAGUUCAGGUCAACAGUCAUACACUCCCUCGAACUUGACGCAAAGCUCUUCUUAUUGCAGUGUAUCUGCCUAUCAAGGGUACUAUCCAUAUUCAAUGUGGCACUACCCACCAUUGUUCGACCCUUACAGUUCAGCAUUUUCGGACUAUCAUAGCACUACCAAUACAUUGAAUUAUGGCUCUGUCAGAACUUCACCUGUUGACCGCCUUCCUAGCUUUCAUGAACUGAAAUACAUGUCAAAACCACCAUCACCUUCUAAUGAUCCCAGCCAGAAUCUGACACAUUGGGAUGCGAAUGUGCCAAGUGAUAUUGCCUCGCAGACAACCUCUUGCGGUAGUGGCAGAUCGAUCUCCUCUUCGAUGGAAAACAAUUUUUCCUGGUCAACUAUUAAUCAAGAUGUGUUGAAUUAUUUAAGCCAAGAAGCAUCAUUUAAGUCUGCAUCCUCUCAGAGAACGAACAGUUAUUUAGGCUCUGAAGGAGGAAAUCUUUUCGAUCAAAGCCUUGAGUUUCAGAGUAGUAAUGAUACAGCAAAUCUGCGAAGGCUUGAUUUGUUUCCCUCUUAUCGUCAGACUAGCACACCUCAAACGGAUGGCAGUCCAGUUUGCAAUCCAAGCUUGCAGUCUCAUUUUAUGACAGCGUCCUCACAUCUGUACGACACAAACUUUUCAUCUUAUAGUGCGAAUACCACGGCAACAACAAUUAAUACAAACCCGUACUCACACACGGAACCAAAUGCUGGUCAAUUCUGUUACGGCUCCUGCUUUCCAGGCUAUCCAUGCUACCGUGCUCCUAAUCCUCCAUCAACCUACUCAUCACUCACAGAGAAUCACCGCACCCAUCUCGAAAAUGUGGGUAGGCAAGAUGCUGAAAACAAUUCAGAAGAUGAUCUAUUCCUUGAUGAAAGCAGUGGGGACAUAACGCUUCGUUUAUCACCAUCUGAUUCUGUGGAGACUAGUGAAUUCGAUUCGGACGGAACGCUUAUCAUCAAUGAAGAUACAUUAAUAGAGGACUCCAAUGAAACUCAGCCAGAUAGUUUCAAUCAUAUAGCAAACAAUCAAAAUGACGGGGCCUACCAUGCACUUGAAUCAACAGUUUUAACCCAAGAAAUGCCGCAUUUAGAUAGUCAAAUUGUUGAAAGCAUUUUCAACGAAACAAUUGCAGAUGGAAAAAUAUCAGAGGCUUAUGAGAAUCUAACAGCCGCCGAAAUAGAUGAAGUUUGCCGUCAGUCGUACUCGGCCAUAGACAGCUUUACCCAAGCAAGUGUGGUGGAAAAUGGGAGAUUACAUGAAGCCAAACAGAAUGAAAAUACACCUUCAACAGAAGAAAGUUCAUCCUCAAGUUUCAUAUCAGUUGGACAUGCAGAAAGCCCUCCACCCUAUGCUUGUCCGGUUUCUGGAUGCCAUACUGCGUGGGAUAGCGUACUUCCAAUUGAGGAUCAUAUACGUAAAUAUCAUGAAAAGGAUAUAAUAGAUGUUUCUCAGUUUAAAGUCAGACCGUACGAAUUAACCUUGUCAUCUGUGCUCCAAGAAGGCUCAAAAAACCUCAUCAUUGAGGCAGGGCAAAAGCUUUUUAUCGUCCGUGUAAUCAAGCAGGAAGCACGUAUCAUGGCAUUGUUACAGCAUAUACCCAAACCUAGUGACUCGAAUCCAAAUUCCCCUUCUCUAGAAGGCCAUAUCAAAGUAAUGAAAUCCAAUGAGGCCCCACAAUCCUGGAUUGGGAAAGUGAUGCCCUACUCUUCGCCUGUUGAUCCCUUACUGGCAUCGAAUCAAUGCCUUGCCGUGAACGUGGCAGAUUUGGACUCAGUCAUCGCGGUUUUUGCUGAUGUCCUACCUCCUCUUGAGAGUAACUCAAGAUCCUCCACACUAGAAGAAGGAAGAUACCUCCGUUCAAAUCUGAAACGGAAAACAAAUCGGCCUACUUGUAAUUCUUGCUCACAUCUGGAUCCAAAAAUUGCAAAAUAUGUUUAAUCUACUUAUUUUUAAGCAUUAGAAACUUCUAUUUCUCUGUCAACUGGAGGUGGAGGAACCUCAUGUUUUUGUUUUUGUUUUUUUUUUCUUAAAUUUUUUUUAGCACUAUUUAGAAAAAAUGUUUGUAGGGAUUCAAUUGAUUUCUCUAGCUCAGGUUUUUUUUUAAAUUUAUGUUCUAGUGCCGUUUUGAAAGAAAGUUUGUAGAGAUUCAAUUGAUUUCUCUAGCUUCGUGUUGCGUUCUAAUUCCUUUGUCUGAAUGCAAUGCAAUUUAAUGUGUUUAUUCAAAGGUUCCCUAUUUUUGUACAUUUAUCACGUAAAUUUACGUGUUUUUGUGAUAUUUGUUGUUUAGGAUUGUCGGUCUCAACCCUUUUUAAGUCUCUCUCCCCCUCUCCGUCCUUGACACAUUUUACUCAAGCUACAGAUUUAGGCAUUUGCUUUGCCUUAAAACAAGUAUAUGUAAUAGCAGCUUUGCCUUAAUGUAAUCAUUUACUUCCAAAUUUUCUGGAUAUUAUUUUCAAGAGCUGUAAAAUCUUGUUGGUGAAUGCAGUAGUGGCCCUGAAUUGAAUUUGGCACAACAUCCCUCUCUAGUCUGCUUUCUUUUCAAACUCUUAUGAACAUGGUUGAUGCCUAAGUCAGCGGGACCAUCUUAAAGGAUAGGAACACUACUAGUAUUCCAGAUUUGCCAUGUAGUUAGCAGUUUUUUGUUUUUUUUUUUUAUAAGAAAUUUUGCUCUAUGUAUUUUACUAUACUAAGUAUUUUUUCUUCUUGAGGAUUUGUAACUGCUCUCUGUUUUCCAAUUAUCUUUGUCCCCAUCAGUAAGAAUCGGUUGUCAACAGAUAAGAAAUGACUUAAAACCACGAAAAGAAAUCAAGAAUGUUGAUGUAUUUCAUGGGCGGUAGACAGUAGAAGUAUUCGCACCACAAGUUGAGAACCACUAUUUAAUGAUUGUAUUUAUUUAAGUAACUCGUACUAAGUUAUUGUAACACACUAAGAAGCUUUUUCUCUUUAGUUUGAUUUUAAAGCCUAAGAAUUCUCCUGCAAGGCAUUUACUGAAAUUUUGUAUUAGUCUUCUGGACAAGAUUAGAUUGGUAUUAAAUGGAAUUAUGUGAUUGGUCUACUCAGUCGUUUCUUGGUCACAUGCCCUCUUUAUUGGGUCGUAUAGUUGACAUGUUGUAAGCCGCUGAGAAGCUGCCUUUAGCUUGAGGCUUGUUAGGCCCGACAAAGAGAGCACAUGACCAAGAAACGGCAAACUGAACCAAUCAAAUGUGAUUCGUUUGGUCGUGAGGUCCACCGUAAAGUCAUGUUCCUAUCUCAUCCUUGUCCUGUCUUGUCCAAUUAACAAUUACAGAUUUGCAAAGAGUGGUCUGCAGAACUUUUUUAUUUAAUUUUUGUUUUAUCUUAACCAUUGAACUCAUGUUUUCAAAAUGUUUAUUCAAAGAUUGAAACCAAUGUCCUUUCAUUCCAAUUAUUAAUAAAUUACCGUCAAUAUUUAUUACAAAA